AUGGCGCAUUUUCAUCAAUUAUGUCGGUUUUAUGAUUUCUUUUCAAACGAUCAUUUAGAAGGCUUUCAUUGGCUAAGACUCUUUGGCAAAUUAGGCGCAUUGCAACAGCUCGACCGUUUAUCACCAAAAAUUCUACCUAUAGUUUACAAUCUUACAGUAGAGUUUACAGUUCGACAAUUAAAAGAACGAUUUGGUGUUCGUUCAACGUACGAAAAUGCAGUGAAAGAAACAAAAGCGGUGCUUAAUGCUCGUCGUUUGGAUGCUGAAGCUGUUUUCUCUCGAGAACAAAAAAUAACCUUGGAAGCUGAGAUUCGUCGUAUUCGGAAAAAGCGAAUGCAUGCUUUACAUUUGCUUAUUGAAAAGCUCACUAAUGAUGAACUUGAUGUUCGGGCGAGGCAAUUGGAAACAAGUCAUGCAAUGCUAUGUAAACAACAUGAACAAACGAAAGAAUUAGAAAUAACGCAGCUCAACGAAAAUCAGUCUCUGAAGAGGCGCCAUAUGGAAAUUCAACAUGAAGCUGAAACCUCCAAUCAAAUUCAGUACAACCAGAGGGUUACUGAUGAACUUAAUAAACGACAUACUUUAAAAUCUAAGCAGCAACCAAAGGAACUAAAGGCUAAAGAAUUGAUGAUUCGAAAACAAUAUCGCCAGGCUGUAAAAAUACAAUUACGGCAGAGCAAAAUUUUACAGCAACAAGUCCUUAGUUCAAUACCAAAAGAAGAACAUCGGGAGAUGAUAUUUAAGUUAAAAGAAGAACAAAAACGGAAACUAGCAACUCUUGCUGGCCAAUAUGAAAAUACCAUUGAAAGCAUGGUUCAAGAUUUGACAGUAAAAUUAGAAUCUUGGCAGGAAGAUGAAGCGAAAGCUUUAAAAGAGCGUUUGGAUAAGGAACUCAAUAUGUUGAAGGAUUAUCAAAGGCGACAAAAGAAUUGUUUAGAAGAUAAUUGUGAAAGGGAAAGACAAAAACUUUACGAUCGUAUUUCCAUAAGAAAAGAUGUAUUGGAUGGAAAGGUUGAAAUUUACACAUAA